GAAAUGGUAUUUCGGUUUCGUUCCUUUUAUGGCAAAAUAAUUACCUUUGCCUUAGUGGCGCUUGUAUUCAUCCUUUACAUCAAAGUCAUCCAAGUCGAUGAACAGGGAAAUAAUAUAAUUUCGGGCUUUGAGAAUGUUGCUGCCCUGCGCCAAAGUCACCAUCGACACAGCGGCAAGGAUAGAGAAUUGGAGACAGACGAGAAUGAAAUCCAAAGACCUCCUCCCCCAGCUCAGAAACCAGACACGCCAGAGUUCACUUCCCCUUUUGAGAGCGAAAUUCUUCAAGACAUAGCCAGACAAGAACCCGGAUUAGGUGAUAAUGGUGAGGCGGCCUAUUUAGUAGGCGAAGCUAAACUACGUGGCGAGGAGAUUUACAAAAGAAUCGCUCUCAAUGAAGAACUCAGUGAACACAUAAGCUACAACCGCACUCUGGCGGAUUACCGACAUCCCCAAUGCCUAAAACAGCACUACAAUACCGGUGAUCUUACAGCCAGUAUUGUUAUUAUAUUCUUCAACGAACCAUAUUCGGUCCUCCUAAGAACAGUUCAUAGCUCCCUAAAUACGUGUAAUGGACGUAUGCUGAAACAGGUCAUUCUCGUCGAUGAUGGCAGUACAAAUGAGGAGCUGCACGACAAAUUGGAUUACUAUAUACGGACAAGGUUUCCACCGGGGAAGGUGAUAAUGGUGCGCCUGAAAAAUCGGUUGGGUUUAAUCCGAGCACGUUUAGCAGGAGCCCGUGUAGCAACAGGCGAUGUUUUAAUAUUUUUGGAUGCACAUUGCGAAGCGAAUAUUGGAUGGUGCGAGCCAUUGUUACAUCGCAUAAGAGAGUCGAGAACUAGUGUUUUGGUUCCUAUAAUCGAUGUGAUUGAUGCGCAGGACUUUAAGUACAACACAAAUGGCUACAAAUCUUUCCAAGUGGGUGGUUUUCAGUGGUCUGGCCAUUUUGAUUGGAUAUCUGUUUCGGAGAGGGAGAGGAAGAGACAGCAGCGAGAGUGCAAAGACCUAGACUUGGACGUCUGCCCAACGUGGAGCCCUACAAUGGCAGGGGGUCUUUUUGCCAUCGAUCGUAGUUAUUUCUGGGAAGUUGGCAGUUAUGAUGAACAGAUGGAUGGCUGGGGUGGAGAAAACUUGGAGAUGUCUUUCAGAAUAUGGCAAUGUGGCGGCACAAUUGAGACAAUACCCUGCUCCAGGGUUGGGCACAUCUUUCGAGACUUCCAUCCGUAUAAAUUUCCCAACAACCGAGAUACCCACGGCAUUAACACGGCCCGCAUGGCCUUGGUUUGGAUGGAUGACUACAUAAACAUUUUCUUCUUAAAUAGACCAGAUUUAAAAUUCCAUCCCGACAUAGGAGAUGUUACCCAUCGAGUUAUGUUGCGCAAGAAAUUGAGAUGCAAAAAUUUCAAUUGGUAUCUGGAGAACAUUUACCCCGAAAAAUUUGUCCCCACAAAAAACGUGAUAGCUUAUGGAAGAGUUCGUUCGCUCCAUGAAAACAUAUGUCUGGAUGAUUUACAACAGAACAAUGAAAAACCAUACAAUUUGGGUGUAUACGCCUGCAGCAAAGAUAUUUCAAAGACGCAGUUCUUCUCUCUUACCAAGAGCAAAGUACUGCGCAAUGAAUUGAGUUGUGCUACUGUGCAACACAGUGACUUGCCACCAUUUCAAAUAGUUAUGACAAGCUGCUUCGAAAACGACGAUCACAAUGAAAAGUGGCAAUACCUAGGUAACCGACUGAGGCACAUACCCACCGGUCUAUGUUUAGAUCAUCGCGGUUUGCAUCAAGGUGAUUACGUUCAAGUUGCACCCUGCGAUCCGUACAGCAGGACACAAAGUUGGACGAUAGAUCAUGGCGAAGAUUCAUAUCUACCCUAG